AUGGCUGGCGCUCGCUGGUGUGUGGAUAUAAAUGCAGGUGGCAGCAUUAUUCUCCAGAGCAAAGGAACAUCGAUCAGCAUCCUAGGUGCUAAAAUAGUAAGUCUUGUAUCAGGGACUUCCACUUUUAGAAAACCACGAAGAAGCCAGCAAGUUGAAGUUCCUGUGGUGAUGGAGAAGAAAGAGGGACUGUUGAGACAGUCUAGGAAAAAGCAACAAUUUAAUAUUGCAGAUAACAGAAUUUUUCUUUCUCAGGAAGACUAUGAUCGUCUGAGACCUUUAUCUUACCCUAUGACCGAUGUCUUCCUUAUCUGCUUCUCAGUGGUAAACCCUGCUUCAUUUCAAAAUGUGAAGGAAGAGUGGGUACCGGAGUUGAAGGAAUAUGCACCUAAUGUUCCCUUUUUACUAGUAGGAACACAGAUUGAUCUUCGUGAUGACCCCAAAACUCUGGCAAGACUGAAUGAUAUGAAAGAAAAGCCUGUAUCAGUGGAGCAAGGACAGAAGUUAGCGAAAGAGAUAGGAGCCUACUGCUAUGUGGAGUGUUCAGCUUUAACACAGAAAGGACUGAAGACCGUUUUUGAUGAAGCUAUUAUAGCCAUUCUAACUCCAAAGAAACACACAGUGAAGAAGAGAAUAGGCUCAAGAUGCAUAAACUGCUGUUUGAUCACGUGAGAUACAUUUGACAAUGGCCAGGCUUACUGUGAAAUUCUACUGAAUUUAAAUACAAUGCAUUAAGUACACAGCAAACUUGUUACAGGUUUGGAAGCUAAAACUACGAUUCUGCCUUCUACAACCAGUGAAAUCCAGAGGAAUAAAAUCAAACUUGACGAACUUGUAAUAAGAAGCCACCACAUCUGGUACAAAUGUUUUUAUUCAGACUGGAAGGUACAAUCUCUCAGGGUUCCAUAGUCUAGAGGAAGCAAAAACUGCACCAUGCUGAAACAGCAUCUAUGUGAUUUUACUGAGUGGAGAUGCUUGGCCUGAAAUACUCUAAAUGAAUUUGGGUAGUCUUCUGCUUUGACUAUACAUAUAUAUCUCUCUCUUAAAAAAAAAAA